CUCUCUUUGCUCAAAGCUAGCUACCUGAGCUCUAUCAUUACCCUCAUCAAUCAUAUCAUACUAUUAGCAUAUAUAUCUUCCCUCAUUUCAAUGGCCUCAUCGGGAUCGUGGACAUCAAGGCAAAACAAAAUGUUCGAGAAUGCUCUAGCAGUGUAUGAUAAGGAUGCCCCGGAUAGGUGGCACAAUCUGGCGAGAGCUGUGGGUGGUAAGACAGCGGAGGAAGUCAAGAGACACUAUGAAAGGCUUGUUGAAGAUGUCAACCGGAUUGAGUCCGGCGAAGUGCCAUUGCCAAAUUACACCAGAUCAUCAAAAUCUGGAUCAGCUGGGAGCAACAGAUCAGCCUACACUAAUUCCAUGGACAUUGAAGACCAGAGGUUCAAGAGUCUGAAAUUACAGUGAAAAUCGAAGAGCUGAUAAAGAGACAGAUCAUCCGUGACGAGUGGGAAUAAUCAAUAAAGAAUCCUACAUUUCAACAUUUAGGACAGCAAGAGUUGAAUCAAAAUGUACUGAGAAAAAAAGAUGCCCAUGUCGUUGUUUUUCACCUAAUAUAUCAAAUCCUUAUCAUUAUCUUCA